CCGCCCCGCCCGUAUUCUACUCCAAUUCCAAACACUCGCCCGUCCCCGUCGCUCCCCAUCCCACACCAACCCUCUGUGCCUCGGUCCCUCCGCCCGUACGCGCGACGAGAGACACGAUGCGGCGGUCCCUACCCCUUCUCCUCGCGCGGCAGGUGGCGCGGCGGCGGCGGCUGAGCAACGUGCCGGAGUCCACCGUCUACGGGGGCCCACGCCCGCAGGAGUCCUCGGCGGCGCGGCGCGUGACGGUGACCACACUCCGUGGGAAGCACCGCCGCGGGGAGCCCAUCACCGUCGUCACCGCCUACGACUACCCCUCGGCGGUCCACGUCGACUCCGCCGGCAUCGACGUCUGCCUCGUCGGGGACUCCGCCGCCAUGGUCGUCCACGGCCACGACACCACGCUCCCCAUCACGCUCGACAUCAUGCUCGAGCACUGCCGCGCCGUGGCCCGGGGCGCGCCGCGCCCGCUCCUCGUCGGGGAUCUCCCAUUCGGCUGCUACGAGUCCUCCGCCGCCCAGGCUGUUGAUUCAGCCGUGAGGGUCCUCAAGGAAGGUGGAAUGGAUGCGAUCAAGCUGGAAGGGGGUGCCCCAUCGAGGAUCACUGCAGCCAAGGCUAUUGUGGAGGCUGGAAUCGCUGUCAUGGGGCAUGUUGGCCUCACACCGCAAGCUAUUAGUGUUCUCGGUGGAUUUAGGCCUCAAGGGAAGACGGUUGACAGUGCUAUAAAGGUUGUGGAGACAGCACUUGCCUUGCAGGAGGCUGGAUGCUUCUCGGUUGUGUUGGAGUGUGUGCCUGCUCCAGUGGCAGCAGCUGCAACAUCAGCAUUGAAAAUCCCAACCAUUGGCAUUGGGGCUGGACCAUUCUGUAGUGGCCAGGUCUUGGUGUACCAUGACUUGUUAGGGAUGCUGCAACACCCACAUCAUGCCAAGGUCACACCAAAAUUCUGUAAACAAUUUGGUAACGUGGGCGAUGUCAUCAACAAGGCGCUAUCAGAGUACAAGCAAGAAGUGGAGGCUCAGGCUUUCCCUGGUCCAAGCCACACACCGUAUAAGAUAACUCCCACAGAUGUUGACGGCUUUGCAGAUGCACUGCAGAAGAUGGGUUUGAGUGACGCCGCAGAUGCCGCAGCCGCCGCUGCUGAAAACAGGGAGAAAGGUGGAGAACCAAAAGGAGAGUAGCUAAUCUAAUAAUGCCUGUUGUUUUCAGCAGAUGCACCUAGACCUAGAGUAGAGAAUGUGAGGGCAGAUUACCUAGCAUAACGGUGUCCUGCACUAGAACAAUUUUUGCCAGAUUGCAGCCACAUAAAGUCAGACUGCAGGUCAUACAGAAUCGUUUGGCUUUGGAUAGCCUCCGAAA